AUGUCUGCACCCAAUGCCAGACUCCCUCCCUGCGCGCUUGCGGGCUUCGCCCACGCAGCCGCCCUCUCGCCCUCAGCCCUGGGCACCACGCCCCGAGCUCCCCUCCCACCCCUCCCCAACCUCGCCUCCAGUUGGCUACUGGGGCACGAUGUGCGGGCGAGGCGUUUUGGAGCUUGGCUCCAUUACCAGGAGCUCCGCGCUGCCAACCGGUCGGUGGCGAGCACCGACUGGGUGCUGAUCUACGAUCCGAUAGAUCGUAUCGAGCGCUUGCCGGAAUACACCAACCUCCGCGCGAACGCCUUCGCUUUGGCGGCGGUCCGCUCCUCGCAGGGCCUUGGCCCUUGA